AUGAAGUUAUCUUUCUCGCUGGCUCUUUUGGUUUCUGCUGCUAUCAGCGUUCAGGCUGCUGCUACCCCUGUCAAGGCAUCUGGUACCUGUAUUUCCGGUUCUUCAGGCAAGGGAAAUGGUGAUGGCUAUUACGGCUAUUGUUGCCAGAGUUCCGAUGACUGUUGGGAGAGCUGCAAGAGCGGUGUGUGCAAUGGUCCUGCUUUGUCUAGUCAGACCUCAGCUCCUCCUCUCUCUACUGAAACGCUUGGCCCCUGUCUCCCUGGUGCCAAAGGAAAGCGCAAUGGCGACGGAUAUUUGGGGUACUGUUGUUCAUCUUCGGAUGACUGUGUCGAAAGCUGCAAGAGCGGUGUGUGCAAUGGCCCACGUAAGCCAAACGACCCACCUGCAGGUUUAGCUUGCCGUGCUGGCUAUGCCGGUUUAAACAAUGGACAAGGACCUGCCACAGCUUGCUGUUAUUCGUCAGACGACUGUAAGGAGAGCUGUGUUAAUGGAAGAUGCAACUAG